ACGUGAACCCACUGGAUUUUCAGUUUUUCUGCCCAUUUUUAUUUCCCGCGUUUCUGUUUGGAUUUGAUUUCUUUGCAAUUUUACUGAUUUCUUUGAAAUGGAGAUACAGUGGCGUCUAUGGAAUAAGGACUGGGCCUCCUCACUACGGCCAUGGAUACCCAUACUUCUCGGCCUGCACCUACAGUUUUCCCGGGCGUCCAACUGCCCUGAGGAAUGCCGCUGUGAUCGUACUUUUGUUUACUGCAAUGAGAGGAGCUUGACCUCUGUGCCCUUUGGUAUCGGCGAAGGUUACAAGACACUCUAUCUUCACAAUAACCAAAUAAAUAAUGCCGGGUUCCCCUUGGAGCUCCACCACGUGGCUUCCGUGGAGACUGUGUAUCUCUAUGGCAACCAGUUGGAUGAGUUUCCCAUCAACUUGCCCAAAAAUGUCAGAGUACUCCACCUCCAAGAGAAUAACAUUCAGACAAUCUCCAGGGCAGCCUUGGCUCAGCUUUUAUGGCUGGAAGAGCUGCAUCUGGACGAUAACUCUAUAUCCACCGUAGGGGUGGAGGAAGGUGCGUUCCGAGAGGCUCUGAGUCUAAAGAUGCUCUUUCUCACCAAGAACCACCUGAGCAGCGUGCCCAUUGGUCUCCCAGAGGACCUGAAGGAGCUGCGAUUGGACGAGAAUCGCAUUGCUGUCAUCGUUGAGGAGGCCUUUAGGAAUGUCACCCGCUUGGAGCGUCUCCUCUUGGACGGAAACCUGUUGACGGACGAGGGGAUUGCGCCAGGGACCUUUCAGGAUCUGGUCACCCUCAGGGAGCUGUCCCUUGCUCGCAACUCACUCACCUACCCGCCACCGUUUCUCCCAGGGGAGGUGCUGGUGAAGCUGAACUUUCAGGAGAACCAGAUAAAUAUCAUCCCUGUAGGGGCCUUUGCAGGCUUGCACAAGCUGGAGAAGCUGGAUAUUUCCAGCAACCAGCUGCAGUCACUAACGCAGGGGGUCUUUGACAGCCUUGUUAGUCUACGACAGCUCACGGUGCGCAACAAUCUCUGGCUGUGCGACUGUAGCAUCCAGUGGGUGGUAUGGUGGCUGAAGUCCUUGCCCGGAUCCCUUAAUGUGCGGGGCUUCAUGUGCCAAAAGCCAGAGAAGGUCCGUGGCAUGGUGAUAAGGGAGCUGAGCGGAGAGCUGCUUCAGUGUCCGAUGACAACCACCACACCGACGUUAACCUCUCAUCCUCCCGCCACGUCAGGGGGCUCAGUCGGGCCGCUACCCGCCUCCUCCACCCCAGACGCCCACUUAGUGUCCCAGGACCGCACCCCACCCACCAGGCGCCCCCUGUCCCCCACACUCACUUCCUAUCUACCAGUCUAUCCAACCAGACAGGGUGGAACAAGAACUAAGCGGCCACUAGAUCCCAAAAGGGAGAGUCUGCAGGUCACAUUUACUAUUCUCAAUGGCUCCGCGAUUCACGUGAACUGGGUGGCCGCUUUUCCGGUCACCGCCUACAAGGUGACCUGGGCCAGGAUGGGCCCCAGCCUGACGGGGGACACCGUCCGGGAGAGGAUGGUGGGCGGAGACCACCGGGGCAUUCGAUUACCUAACCUGGAGCCAAAGUCCACGUAUCGGAUCUGUGUCAUCCCUCUGGACGCGUUCAAUAACUACCGGCCCAAAGACGAUACCAAGUGCACGGAGGUCGCCACGACAACGGCCACUUUGGGUCCAAACAACAAGGGGCCCGUGGGGCCCGAACAGGCCACACAGCCAGACCCAAGUUCACCUUUCUUGCUAGCGGGGCUGAUUGGAGGGGCUGUGAUCGUGGUGCUGGUGCUGCUGCUCAGCAUCUUCUGCUGGCACAUGCACAAGAAAAGCCGAUCCAAAUCGUCCGCCGAUUGGAAAUACAACAGAGGCCGGAGAAAAGACGACUAUUGUGAAGCGGGCACCAAGAAGGAUAAUUCUAUCCUGGAAAUGACUGAGACCAGCUUCCAGAUAGUGUCCCUCAACAAUGAGCAGCUCCUCAAGGGAGAUUUCCGCAUACAGCCUAUUUACACCCCUAAUGGGGGCACAGGCUUCCGAGACUGCCCCCUGGGGAACAAUAGCACAGUGUACUGCAAGAACAAUGUUCAGGACGCAGACCUAUGUCACACAUGAUGGUUGGGAAAGCAUCAGAAGCCUUUAUAUUGAUGAUUUACCGUAUUAUGAAAGACGCUGUACAGUAUGAUUAUUAUUUCACAAACCCCUGUGUCUUCAAAAAUAUGUAAUUUAUACACUUGGCUGGACAAUACCUGUUUUAAUUCAGCUGUACCUUUUAUAUACCUUAGUAAAACUGGAUUUAUAAAUUAUUAUGUUAUGAGGUUGUUUUGGUUUUCGUGCUGACAGACAUGUACAAUUCGGAUAAUUUCUUAGUCUUUCAGUUUAGUUUUUUCAUCAAUGAUCUUCAAGCCAUGGCGAUUUCUGACCUUAACAUAUGCAGUAUUCUGUAACUGUUAUAUAUUAUUGAGCUUACAUAGCGCAGAGCACAGAAAGGCAGGUUUAAUGAGAGAAAUAUUGAGGAAUUCAAAAAAGAGAGAAAGGUGAGAGGUACGCACAAGUCAGCCACAAGAGGGCAUGUUUUUAUGUGGUGCCUAAAAGUGAAUUUAACCAACAAUCCACCACCUGACUCGUUUUUUGUAAUCUGCAUUUGCUUAACACACUUUAAAGAAUCCUCUCUGCUUGCAGGUGAAAUGCGGUCUAGGUGUGUUGCACACAUCUAGAUAGUUGGGGCAACCGCAUUAUGAAUGAGAAAAGUGGUGUCAUGUAUUGACAUGACACCACUUUUUGUAUUAUUGUUUGGAGAAGACAAUGCAGACCAUAGUAUUCCCUCUUUUUAAAUACUUGGAGGGGCAUUGUUACCUGUUGGAGAAUGUAUUAAAACAAGCACAUCUGCCAUGUCCGGUCAAAUACAUUUGAAACGACUGUCAUUUUUGUUCAGCAAAUGUUAUGGCUAUAACAUAUAUAUAUAUACAUAUAUAUAUAGACAUAUAUGUGCCUUGAAAGGAUUAGCUUACAAUGUCUUUUGAAUCCAUGUUUUUGCACAUAAGUGUACUGUACAUACGUUCAAUUGAAUUGGUGUUGAGAAAAGUUGUUUUGUUGCUUAAUGAUUAUUUAUUUACCUCAUCAUUACACAUUUAUUCUAAUAAGUAUAGAGAAAAGUAGC